UACUCUCGCCCCCCCUCCCCCCCCCUCUCUCUGUGGUGUGUGCGUGCGGGUGGCCUGGUCGUCGCUGACGAAAGAAAUGAAGCUAACCGUCGGCGUGGCCUCCUUCUCGCUGACCGUUGUAUACGCGUUUCAGGCACGUCCUUUGGGAAUACCGCAAGGAGGUGGGCGACGUUCAACGGCUGCGUUAGCAUCGACCGAUGGCUGGGUCGCCCUGCCGGUGAAUCCCUCCGCAGGUGGCCGGUCCAGAACAGUUUCGUUUAGCCCUUCCAACCUGGAAGACUUGCAGGUCGUUGAAAAAAUUCUCCAACAAGAUCAAGUCGGUGAGGCUUGCGUCUUGAUCAUUCCGAGCUGGCGGCAUCAUCCUGUCCAGUAUGACUGCCUGUCAGCCUGUUUAGAGGCCCUCAAGAUCCCCACUGCGGUGCAGCCCCUUCCCGAUGGAUUGUGGGCACUUCUCCUUCAACGCCUUCAGGUACAUUCAUUGCGCAAAGCUGCGAGGAAAGGAGUCCUGGAACAACUGAUCGUGCACGCUCUGCAUAGGCCAUUUAAUCAUUUGGAUCUAGCGCUCAGAUUGCACUCGGAUCGGAACACCGGGCGUCGUAUAACCGUCAUCGCAUCGGACGACUCGGCGUGGCUUGUGAGGGCAUUCGUGAACAGCCGCUCCCAACAGUGGCGUAAAGAGGUGCCUUUGGACACGGCGGUACUCGUCGGUGGGUAUCAUAAGAGCAUUGUUGGAGAUCUAGCCUUGGAUGUCUUUCCCAACCCACCACCAUCACCACCUCCGGAUGGACGCGUUGUUAAGUUUUUCAGCUUGAACGGUCGCGAAGGUGGUCGCGUGGAUGGGAAUGGCGACAUUGACCUAGAGGCUUCGAUAUCGUGCAUGUCGUUUGAAGAAGACUCCGAGAGCUGUAUCCUCCAGGAGUACGAGGUUGAACACAGCGGUUGGCUCUCUCUGCUAGGAUCAACCUCUCUGCUGAGCUUAUGGGUCCCUCGUGUUUUACGUGCUUAAAGGCCGUUCUUUCUGUAGUUAGGUAUCCUGGUUGCUAUCUAUGUCGUGUGUGGGAAUCGUGUGGGCAUCCGGCUAGCUGUUAUGGUAUUAGUAGUGUCCAUUGCCGGUGGUGUACGCAGCGUCUUCCGCGUGAAACUUAACCUUGUACAACUU